AUGCAUCUUGUCCUAUUUAUCACUACUUUGCUCACCGUCACGGCUACUUCUAUCGCAGCCCCUACCGAUAAUCCCGCCGAAACCACCACCAGCAUUUCUAUCAAGGCUGACACUGAUCUCUAUUCUCAGGCUUGUCCUGGUAGGCAAAUUUACCACUGGCAGGGUGGAGGUUGUGAGACCGACUGGGGGAACGAUUGUUAUAAUCGUUGUAAAAAUGUUGCCGCAUCCAAACGUUGCUGCAUGAGAACAGUUGGUUGGUAUCAGGAUGGUGGAGGAUGUUUGAGUCCCUGGGAGACUUGCGAGUGCACUUGUAAACGUUAG